CAGCUUCCUGAGUGUUGCUUACCGUUGUUAAGAUUUCUUAGUUAAGAUAUUUCAUCAUCAAAAUGAAGACACUGUGGCUGACAUUGCUUUUUCAUGCAAGUCUUCAGCUCCAGUGUGAUAAAGGGCAGAUCACAGCACACAUUGGAGAUGAAUUCAUUGUUUACUGCAAGUAUGACACAGCCCGGUACCUGUUCAGUAAAAAGUACUGGUGCCGAGGUGACUCCAGAAGCACCUGCGAGAUUUUGGUGGAUUCAGAUGGUGGCACUAAAACAAUGAACACACAAAGGUCUCUAAUUAUAGAUCAAGGAAGAAGGGGGCUGUUUGUGAAAGUCAGUGAACUCCAAUUUGACGACGCUGGAGUGUACUGGGUUGGGAUUGACAAAAUAUAUGCUGACCUCAUGACUUCAGUUCAUGUGGCUGUCACUGAAGUUCCAGUAUCGAAACCCAGACUUUGGCCCUUGAGCGCUCUAGUGGACAGGCCAACUUGUUGGGGGCAGCCAGUGACAGUGCGCUGUGGCUGUAAAGAGGGCACUGGCGUUCGUUACUCCUGGUAUCAAAACACUCACCACAAGGAUGUCCUGCUUCACCACUCCUCAGACUUAUGGCUACACUGUGGCACAGUGGAUAAGGAUAGUGAUUAUUACUGUGUUGCCAGUAAUGUCAUAAGCAGUCAGGGGAGUGAUAUCCUCUCUGUGCAGGUCCUGAUGCCUGCAAACAGCAGCUGUAUCUAUGUUGUUAAUAUGCCGGGCCAACCUGUUUAUGACUGUGCAGACAGAAUGAGCACCACCACAGCCGAAACCCCACCUCUGACUACCAGCCAAGCUACCAUAGAAGUCCUUUCUGACACAGGAAACCAGUCUUUACAAAUCAAUCAAACCAAUCAAGAUGUGUUUUUCAGCAGGGCAUGGACAGGAGUACCACUUUGGUAUACUUUGCUGCAGUGGAGUUCUUUUGCAUCCUUACUUAUAUUUCUGUCCAUUGUACUCAAAUGUACAAAGGCAAGACACAAACGUGCUAAGAGAAAGAGGCAAGUUCAUUUUAGGCCCCAUUUGGCUCCGUGACCUGCAUUUUAAAGAUGAUAGUUCUUCGGAAGUCAGCCUCUGUGACUGUGGUUUUUUAUACCAAGGCACUUUGAUAACACGUGAUAAAUUGUGAAGAGACUGGGUCAUAAUGUACGUCAACAUGUUUAUGAGACUGUCUUAUUGCAGCCUUUAUUAGACUGAUUACUGUUCAUUUCAAAUGAUAGCUUUCCAAUGCCACUACCAACAUAAACAAGUCAUCUCAGGCCCCUGCAUGCUUUACCAGGCUUCAAAUAUAUUUAAAGAGGUAAAUAAAUAUGAAUUCUCCCUCAACAUGCUCAAAUAAUACUAUAAUUAUACUGUAUUUAUUACACUUAAUAUAUUAAAAUUAAAGUGUUUUUGUAAUAUUAAGCAACAACAGAACGUUUACAAUGCCAUCUGGGAAUGAUGACCAUGACUAAUGAUGAAAGUGGAAACCAGGAACUGGUUUUGAACAUUUUGGAAUUUGUUAGAAUGCAAAUUUUCUUUUCAGAUCAAGAGUGUUAGGGAAGGAUAUGUUUCAGGCCCUGUACUUUUUACAAGCAGAAAGAGAAGCCCAUUCUGACCACAAGAAACAAGGCACUCAUCUCCAUCAUGUUCAAACCACGUAGUUCCCAACAAAGUCCAUGCAGUAAUAAUAACUUCUGCUAUUUUGGCUUUAUUCUGAUACAUAUGUAAGUGUGAUUUGAGCAACAACUCAAUGAAGGAGUGUGUGUAAAUAAAAGUAUAA